AGCCACAAGAGUGUGCAUGUGAGAGGACUGCAAAUCUCCUCCGCCAAACCAGAAUUAGCCGGUAUCGCAGGAAUGAAAGAGCGUGGAGAUUUGAAAUUGCAGGGAAUGGAAGCGAGACAGCGCACGAGCCGAGCCGCCCGGGGUGCGAAGGGCCCGGCACCGGCCGCGCACCGCUGCGGACAAUAAGCCCCGGGCCGGCGAGCGGGACGAGGAGGAGCGGAGCGGGCGCAGGUCGGCAGCCGGACGCCGCGGAUCGGGGCGUGGGGCGGCGCGGCGGGGCCGGCUGGCGGCGGGGCGCAGCGCUGUGCCGGGCGGGGAGAGUGGACCUCGUGGGUUUCUCUAGGAUUUCACGAUUACUGAGAGCCUCUUGGGCUUCUCUGCCUUCUGUGCUCCUGUGUUCUUGUCAGUGCUGCAGUGUGGGAAGAAGGCUGAGGGCAGGAAGAAAUACAUAUCAAAAUUUGUUUCCUCUGAAAAAGUACAGUAAUUUCAUCUACCCGCCUCUUCAAGAUUUCUAUUUCUUUACUCCAAGCUUUAUUAACUUGAACACGAAGCAAAUAAUCUUACUGGGACAGCAGAAGGAAUACACAGAGAGAGCCCAAUCUUCUUCUCUGACCAGAGCCAACCCAUGAAGAGUGAGUGCUCUCAGCCACGUACAAAAUACUGUGGAAAAAAUGUAUGCCAGUCGAGAAGAUAUUGGAUAUGAUUUUGGAGAUGACUCAAAAGUUGGAAGUAAGCCAAUUAAGCCUAAUCCAAACAUCGAUGGAGGAUGGGCUUGGAUGAUUGUAUUUUCCUCUUUCCUUGUGCACAUACUUAUCAUGGGGUCCCAAAUGGCCCUUGGAAUACUCAACAUGGAAUGGCUUGAAGAGUUUAAUCAAAGUCGUGGCUUAACAGCAUGGGUUAGCUCUCUUAGCAUGGGCAUAACACUUAUUGUAGGUCCUUUCAUUGGUUUAUUCAUUACCAUGUGUGGGUGCCGCAAAACAGCAAUAAUUGGAGGGAUACUGAAUGCCCUAGGCUGGAUAUUGAGCGCUUAUGCCUCAAAUGUGCACUACCUCUUCCUUACAUUUGGAGUAACAGCUGGCAUUGGGAGCGGCAUGGUUUAUCUGCCUGCAGUGGUCAUGGUAGGACAGUAUUUUCAUAAGAGAAGAGCACUUGCACAAGGACUCAGUACCACAGGAACAGGGUUUGGAGCUUUCUUAAUGACAGCCUUACUGAAGUACCUCUGCAGGGAAUUUGGGUGGAGGAAUGCCAUGUUCAUCCAGGGUGCAAUCUGCCUGAACCUUUGUGUCUGCGGGGCACUUAUGAGACCACUUUCUCCCAAAGUCCUUAAUGAAAAGUAUGUUGUAAGAAGUAAUAGUGAAGAUAAUCAGGCAAAAGCUCUGUCUCAUUCUGCAGAGACUAUAAAAUCCAAUGGAGUCCUCAGUGAAGAACCAGAAAAAAAAGAAGUGAUAAAAAAUGAAGAAGUGCUUGACGAUAUUAAGCACAUAGAAAUUGGAGGAAAAUCUCGGAUUGGAAAGAGCAUGUAUGGACUGCGCAUCCUUAAGACAGUGAGCCAGCAGACGGUUACAGUCAGGAAGGGCUUUGGGAUCUGGUACUCCAGUUACUUUGGAGCUGCAUCACUGUUCACCAACAGAGUAUUUGUGGCCUUUAUAAUCUGGGCUUUGUUUGCCUAUAGCAGCUUUGUCAUUCCCUUUAUUCAUCUUCCAGAAAUAGUCAAGCAGUACAGUUUAUCUAGCCAGAACAAUGUAUUUCCUUUGACGUCCAUUAUAGCAAUUGUUCAUAUUUUUGGUAAAGUGAUCCUCGGAAUCAUCUCUGAUCUCCCUUGCAUCAGCACUUGGAAUGUCUUCCUCAUGGCUAACUUCACCCUGGUCACCUGCAUUCUUACUUUGCCAUUAAUGCAAACAUACAUUAGUCUGGCUGUGGUUUGUGCUCUAAUAGGAUUUUCUAGUGGCUAUUUUUCUCUAAUGCCUGUUGUGACUGAAGAUUUGGUUGGAACUAAACACCUUGCAAAUGCCUAUGGCAUCAUCAUUUGUGCCAAUGGAAUAUCUGCAUUGCUUGGACCACCCUUUGCAGGUUGGAUCUAUGACAUCACACAUAAAUAUGAUUUUUCUUUUUAUAUAUGUGGCUCGCUAUAUUUGGUGGGAAUCUUAUUUUUAUUUAUGCAACCUUAUAUUGGAAAGAAACAAUCACAGGAAAAAUCUACCGAAGAGGCACAAGUAUAGAACAAAUUCCUGAUUUUUUUUUUUACACAAUUUAUUUCUUUCCAUGUUUCUAUUGCAUGGCAGUUUAAAGCUGUUCUUCUUAAGGAACCAACCACGCUGAGCUGUGCUUAAGUACUUACGUGAAAGGAAAAUGUGCACCAAAAUGAUAAUAAAUUAUUAGAAAUAUGUUUUUAAAAUGACUUAAGAUCUUUCACUUUAGUACUAAGAAUUAUAGAGUUUAAAAGCACACUGACAGUCUUAAAAUUGGAGUGAUGCUAGAAAUAUUUACUUUUGAUUCUCUUAACUUUUCACCACUAACUUUUGGUGAAACUCCAUUGACUGCAGUGCAGUUACUUCUGAUUUGUAAGAUAAUUUGAUCAGGAUGCAAAUGAUUUAUAAAAAUCCUUCCUACUAUGUAUCCUAUCUGAUAAAAGAUGAGUUAGUACAUAUAAGAAAAUGAUUGUAUUUCUUACCUGGCUAGUCAAGUACUGCUGAAAUGCUAGUACAGUACUUCAAUUAGUUCAAUAUAUUAAAAUUCAAGAUUCUGUGAUGCAAAGCUGAAGAAAAUUUCUUAUGUUUUUCUGAAAGGGCUCUCUACUUGAACGAUUUUUUAUUUUUAUUUUUAAUUAUCAAGUGCAUGGUAAAUUAGCCAUCUUCAAUAUGUGGGCUGUACUGUAUGUGCUCUGACACUUCAUGCGCCUGAAGGAAAACAAACAGAAAAGCAAAACCAGAAAACUGAUGGGAAAUAUUAACUUGAUUCUUCAACAGAAAUGAUAAGCAGCAAACGCUGAUGAUCUGUUACACCAGUUCCACAUGCACGAGUUACCACAUUCAGAUAGACUGAUUUCUGAUUUCAGAUUCAACUUCUCCAGCAGUUACUCAUGAUUUAUGUUGAUGGAAUUGAGAACAGAAUAUGGAACUGUGUAUAUAGUCCUCUAGUUCUGCUCACUGAAAUUCAGCUCUAUUAUUGUGGACGACAUCCAACGUAAAUCGCUGUAGCUGUGUUAACUGUCCUAGAGCUACUGAUCACACCUGUAUCAGGUAAAGAUACCCGACAUGAGAACAAAUGCUUUUUGAAUUACUAGAGUUAUGCCUUGAAAAGUUAAAAUUGGUCUGACUCUUGUCUGUGGUCUUUUAUGAUAGAGAAAUAAUUUAUUUAAAUGAACAACAGUCCCUUUAUUGUAAAAAACAACAACAACAAAACAAACCAGUAUAUUUAAGGGAGCAAAUGCUGUUGUUAUGGCAUAUCCAGGUUCUUACAGGUUCUUAAGCCUGCCUUGUGGUUUGAAACCUUACAGUGAAAGCACCAGACCACAGACUGGAAAAUAUUUCCAGAAACAGUUUGACCUUUCUGGCUGCUGUCUGGCUGGGAUAAGUAAUCUGUACUAAAGAAACAGAGCUGGGCAAAACUGGCCAAAUACACCGUAAGAAAGAACUGAACUACAGCAUGCUAAGUUUUGCUACAAUUAACUUCAGAAUAAAAACUGCUGAAUUAUGAGCCAUUGUGUUGCUGUAUACAAGUACACCAGGAACUGCCUGAGACUGGUCAUGUUUUAGAUGUUUACUCACUAGCAAAUCAGAUAACACAAAGCAUGGAAGAACUCCAGUCAAUUUAAAAUAUUUACAUAAAUUUUCUUAAGCAACAUUAACGCAGAAUGUUUUGAAUAAUGCUACAAAGCACCAUACAUCUCAGCUUUGACAGGUGAGCCUGAUGUUAGUUUUCCUAUAUGAAAUAAACGUCACUGUUUCUUUUCCCUGCUUGCUUCACAAAUGCUUUUUCGUGACAAAUCAAGUUCUGGGUCUACUACUGAUACAUGCCACUUGAAUUCUCUAAAAGCAAUCAACAUUAUUCAGUUGUAUUGAAGAAAUAUUUAAAACAGUUACUGAGGUGAAAACCUCAAGAAAACCCCAAACUACCGAAAGAUUUAGAUUUGAUAUAGUAUUUAUGGCUUUAAAAUCCACAUUAAAGCAAUUGAGGUGGCAGUGAAUUGCAGCAUGUGGCAUGAAUAAGCAGACAGUUUAUUUCUUAAAAUCAGCUUUUUUUGCUGAAAAAAAAAUAUUCAUGUAAACCACACCAACAUCAGUUCUUUAGUUACAGGUUUAAUGUCUUGGUGUGAAUGCUACUGCUAACUUAUUUUAGCUGAGCUCUCUUUCAUUGGUGAAAUAUAUAUAUUAUAGUGAUGAUUUGCCUCAAUUUCUUUCUAUUUUUUGAAAGAUAUAUAGUCAUUAUACUUAAAACCUAACUUUGCCUUUUGUUAAAAUCAUCUUUAUUUGCAUAGUACUGUAAUGAAUAUGUUGCUCAUUUAUAUCUGCAAGAUACCUUCCUAUAGAAGUCCUUUAUGAGCCCUAUAACGGGAAUAAACAUAUAAUACCCCAAA